ACUGUCAGUUAGUUAUCAGUUGUGGUGCCAAGAGCGAUUCAACCAAUAGUUGUGUUUGUGGCUUUUUCCCUUUCUUCCUUCGUAUUGAUCUAAAAAAACAUUGUUAUCUCGAAAUCCAUAAAUGGAUGAAGAACACUGAUAUUUUCCUCAGUGAUAAUGUCUGACUCGGAAGGCAGUAAUUAUUCUGGGAAUGCGUCUGACGCGGGCAGCGUGGUUUCGAAUCGUUCUCGUAGAAGCGCCGCGUCCAACCGUUCAGCCAGGUCGCGCUCGAGUUCUCGAUCACGUUCACGGUCCGGCAGCCGCAGCCCGUCGCGAAGCCCUACGCGCUCUCGGUCCAAGUCAAGGUCACAUUCCCGAUCUCGUUCAAGGAGUCGCUCAGUUGGAUCUGAUGGAAGCCAUAAUAGGGAUGACGAAGCCAAGGAAGCAUCUGGUGAUGAAGAAGUUGAGGAUGAACAGGAGCCAGAAGGUGAGGACCUAGUGGAUUCUGAGGAAUACGAUGAAGAUGAAGAUGAGGCAAGACAAAGGAAAAAACGCAAGAAGGACAACCGCUACGGAGGUUUCAUUAUUGAUGAAGCUGAGGUUGAUGACGAAGUUGAUGAAGAUGAUGAAUGGGAAGAAGGGGCCCAGGAGAUGGGCAUUGUUGGAAAUGAAGUGGAUGAAAUCGGACCCACUGCACGGGAAAUUGAGGGCAGACGCAGAGGUACUAACCUCUGGGACUCACAGAAAGAGGAGGAAAUUGAAGAAUACCUGAGAAAUAAAUAUGCCGAUGAAUCAGCAGCGCUCAGACAUUUUGGGGAAGGUGGUGAGGAAAUGUCUGAUGAGAUUACGCAACAAACUCUUCUACCAGGCAUUAAGGACCCCAAUUUGUGGAUGAUAAAAUGUCGUAUCGGCGAGGAAAAGGCAACAGUAUUACUGCUCAUGAGAAAAUUUAUUGCCUAUCAGGACUCUGAGGAACCCUUUCAAAUCAAAUCAGUGGUCGCACCUGAAGGUGUGAAAGGUUAUAUUUACAUAGAGGCAUAUAAACAGACACAUGUUAAAGCCAUAAUCAAUAACGUAGGAACUCUAAGGAUGGGUAUUUGGAAGCAGGACAUGGUACCUAUCAAAGAAAUGACAGAUGUACUGCGAGUUGUCAAGGAACAGUCUGGUUUAAAACCAAAACAGUGGGUUAGACUGAAGAGAGGACUUUAUAAAGACGACAUUGCUCAAGUGGAUUAUGUUGACCUAGCACAAAAUCAGGUCCACUUGAAAUUACUUCCUAGGAUAGAUUAUACAAGGCUCAGAGGAGCUUUAAGGACUGUACAAAGUGAAAGUGAAGCUGCUAAAAGGAAGAAAAAGCGGCGUCCGGUGGCUAAGCCUUUUGACCCCGAAGCUAUUCGAGCUAUUGGUGGCGAAGUAACUUCCGAUGGAGACUUCUUAAUAUUUGAGGGCAACAGAUAUUCAAGAAAGGGAUUCUUGUAUAAAAAUUUUACGAUGUCUGCUAUCUUAGCUGAGGGUGUUAAGCCAACUUUAACAGAAUUGGAAAGAUUCGAGGAACAACCUGAGGGUAUCGAUAUAGAGUUAGCAGCGCCUGCCAAAGAUGACCCAACUAGCUUACACUCAUUCUCUAUGGGUGAUAACGUUGAAGUGUGUUCUGGUGAUUUGGCGAACUUGCAAGCGAGAAUUAUCGCUAUUGACGGAUCAAUGAUCACUGUAAUGCCAAAACACGACGCUCUAAAAGAUCCUCUCGUAUUUAAGCCUAAUGAAUUGAGGAAGUACUUCAAGCAGGGUGACCAUGUGAAGGUGUUGGCGGGCCGGUACGAAGGCGACACCGGUUUGAUCGUUCGCGUAGAACCACAUCGCGUAGUCCUAGUCUCCGAUCUCACUAUGCACGAGCUGGAGGUGCUUCCACGCGACCUGCAACUGUGUUCCGACAUGGCGACCGGCGUCGAUUCACUCGGUCAGUUCCAGUGGGGUGACAUGGUGCAACUGGACCUACAAACCGUCGGCGUCAUCGUUCGACUCGAGAAGGAAAAUUUCCACGUGCUCGGCAUGCAGGGCAAAGUCAUCGAGUGCAAGCCGCAAGCGCUUCAAAAGCGCCGCGAGAACAGGUUCACGAUGGCGCUCGACUCCGAGCAUAACAGCAUUCAGAAGCGCGACAUCGUCAAGGUGAUCGACGGCCCGCACGCCGGCCGGAACGGCGAGAUUAAACACCUGUACAGGAACUUCGCGUUCCUCCAGUCGCGGAUGUACCUCGACAACGGUGGCAUAUUCGUGUGCAAGACGCGGCACCUGCAGCUCGCCGGCGGCAACAAGAACGUGUCCACCAACAACAACCUGUCGCUCGGGUUCAUGUCGCCGCGCAUCCAGUCGCCCAUGCACCCGUCGGGGCGCGGCGGCGCGACGCCGCGCGGCGGCCGCGGGCGCGGCGCCGGCCGCGGCGGCGUCACGCGGGACCGCGAGCUCAUCGGCCAGACCAUCAAGAUCACCGGCGGGCCCUACAAGGGCAACGUGGGCAUCGUGAAGGACGCGACCGGCAGCACGGCGCGCGUGGAGCUGCACUCGACGUGCCAGACCAUCUCGGUGGACCGCAGCCACAUCGCGGGCGCGGGCGGCGGCGCCGGCGGCGGCGGCGCGUCGGCGUACGGCCGCACGCCCGGCCGCACGCCGGCGCUGGGCGCGCACACGCCCACGUACCGCGACACCGGCAUCAAGACGCCCAUGCACGGCUCGCAGACGCCCAUCUACGACGUGGGCGGCCGCACGCCGCACUACGGCUCGGCCACGCCGUCGCACGACGGCAGCCGCACGCCCGCGCACGGCGCCUGGGACCCCGCCGCCGCCGCCACGCCCGCGCGCCCCGCCGACUUCGAGUACGGGCUCGAGGACGCCGCCGGCGCCGGCUACGAGCCGCCGCAGCCCUACGGCCAGGCGGGGCCGUUCACGCCGCAGACGCCGGGCACCAUGUACGGCUCCGACCACACCUACAGCCCGUACCAGCCGAGCCCGAGCCCCGCGUACCCGGCCGGCUACCUGGGCACGCCCAGCCCGGUGGGCUACUCGCCGCGGUCGCCGUUCGCGGGCGGCGGCGGCGGCGGCGGCGAGGAGGCGCCGGCCGACUGGGCGUCGCCGGACGUGGAGGUGCGGCUGCGUGCACACGAGGACGCGGCGCUGGCCGGGCAGGCGGGCGUGCUGCGCGGGCUGUCGGGCGGCAUGUGCGCCGUCUACGUGCCCGCCGAGGACCGCGUCGUCAACGUGCUCGCCGACGUGCUCGAGCCCGUCGUGCCGCAGAGCGGCGACAAGGUCAAGGUCAUCGCGGGCGAGGACCGCGAGGCCGUCGGCCAGCUCAUCUCGAUCGAGAACCAGGAGGGCGUCGUCAAGUUCGGCACCGACGACAUCAAGAUCAUGCAGCUGCGCCACCUGUGCAAGAUGAGCACCUCGUAGGCGGGGAGCGCGCCCUCGCAGCCGCGUGUUGCGCCGUGCCGCGUUAUGCGACAUCUUCUUCUAUAUGAUACUUGAAUAUUUAGUCUGCACGAUUCUUUUGCGAAUGUUCCAGUUUUGUGUAUUUUUUCAUUAAUUUCUAACCCAUUGAAUUGUAGAAAAUCCUUGUAUAAAUUGGCUACGAUGAUAUGGCACAGCCCUAAUUUACACAGAUUUGACUUUCGAUAUAAUACUCUACAUAUAUAUAUAUAUAUAUAUAUAUAUAUAUACAUAUUCUGUUAUAUAAUACUCCUCUGUCUAGACCGCUACUGAAGACAUUUCCUAAUAAACACAAACAAAGCACUACAUCUAUACCUAUAUGAUCCCACACAUUGGAACAUGAAGUUAAAAGGCCAUCCCAUGUUAACGUAGACAAUCUAUACACAGUACUUGUAAUGAAAUAAAAUAUCGUUCGAGUGUCGUGCCGUCUGAAUGUGUGUGUUAAUAACUUGUAGAUAGUAAGGUAUCACAGUUAACGUCGUGUGUCACUUCUAUCGUGAAAGAUGUUAGCAGUGGAAGUUUAAUUUAAUUACAUUAAAAUUGGUAAUUCACUUAUAUAUUAUGACAUAAAUAAAUAUAUUAUCAUAACAA